CAUUUUCUUCCAUCAAAAUCUUUGCUUUUUUUCAUCCAUUUCUUCAAAUCUCAUCCCUUUCCACGAAACCCACUUUUGACUAACGAAAAACGUACCCUUUCCGCAUAUAAAACCUAGCAACUACCCAGCAACGAGGUACUCUGCACACUUUUUCAGCUUGCUUUUGUCCGCCAUGGAUGUGCUUGGUGUUAACCACGUGAACAGCAAAAAGCAGCAGACCUCGGCCUCCAAACGAAGUAAAAAGCCUCUCAAAGUUGUUUACAUAUCAACCCCCAUGAAGGUCAAGACCAGUGCCUCGGAGUUCAGAGACCUUGUCCAGAAACUCACCGGCCGAGACUCCGAUACGGCACGGUUUAUGGAGCUUAAUAUCGGUGCCGAUCAUCAUCAAGAACCUUGUAACUUUUCCGAUCAUGAACAACAACAACUGAUCAUGAAUGAGGCAUCGGAGUUUCCUCGUUCCAUAUCUUAUAGCAGCGAGAUGCUGCAGCCAUAUUCAGAGGCUUCAGCUUUCAAAUCAUUCUCUGAGCUUCUUCAGCUGGACGUGUUCAGAAGUUUUGGUUCAAUGUAAAAAAUUCAUGUUCACGUACUGUAAGUUUUAGUUUGGUUUCGAUCUCCAGAGUUUAAUGUAAAAAAAAAAAAAAUUUAUUUGUGAUAAAAAUAAUUAUUUAUAAUAAAAAUAAACCCACUUGUCACA